AGUACUCCCUAAAGGCUAAAAACUGGUUUCAAAAAAAGACUAAAAGAAGCCCUUUUUCCCAAAAUUACAAGGUAGCCGCGAAAUGUUCAAUUCCAACAUUGAACAACCCUAUAAAACGACGACGUUUAUCCUUCCGUUGACAAACCUUCCCUCAAUUUUAAUUUCCCUUUCUUCUUCAGUCUUCACUGCCGCCCAUCUCUCUGAAAUUCGAAGGUUCAUCAAUGUUGGAAAGAGAGGUUGAAGAAGACUCACAAAUGGCAGCAGAGAAAUCAAGGGCUGUUUUUGUUGAUACCAAUCUUAAUACUCAUCUCAUCGUCCCCAUUUAUUCCCAUUCUUCUGUCACCUCUCUCAAACGGCAACUUCGUCGUGAACAUUUCGAGUGCUUUCCGGAGUUAGGGAGGAUUGAAAUCAAUGCUCUUUCGGUGAAAUUGAAUGAUAGCCACUACCAUCUUCCAGACUAUAUGCUUCUCAAAACUGCUUUUCAUGGGGUAGCAGAUGCAUGGUUUGUAUUUGCUGACGUUUGGACACCGGGUAGCUGUUUAAAACCCCAGAAGGAUAUUGAAUGCAAGCCCUUAGAAGCACGUCUGUGGCAUCAAAAUGAAUUACAACUUGUGAAAUCAUCUCCUCAGCCUCAUGUGACUCUAGACAUGAGUAGUAGUAAGAAAAAGAAAAAGAAAAAGAAGAGAAAGGAAAGAAAUAAUGAAGGGAAUGUGGAGAAUAAUAAUGGUGGUGUGAAAGAGCAAGAAAAAACAAGAGGCUCAGAUCAAUUGGAUGUCCCAAAAGCUGACAAAGUUAGUGCCACUAAGCAGCUACAUAAACCAAGUGAGGGUCUUCACUAUACUUCUGUCGUACACCCAUCUGUAAUGCAUUUGAAAGAUGGUGGUGAUAACACUGUCAAAUAUUUGCAAAAGGGAGCUGGGAUGGUGCAUCAAUUGGAAGGUACUAGCACAAGUUUAGCUGAAGUUCUCAACAAAGAAAGUGGAAUUGACACCUCAUUGCCUAAACCCCGAUUCAAGAAAACCAAGAAAACAAAGAGUAACAUUCGUGUCAAUAAUAGCCCUGCUGCAACUUCUAAUCAAGAGCCUGAUAUUCUAGAAAAGGGUGACGCACCUUCUGACAAUAAGCAUACCAUCUACAAAGAAGGUAUUAAAAUUGCUGAAGAGGUACCACCGUCACAGCUGAAUAAUGUUUCAGAGCUGUUGUUUCAACAUGAUCCAUUGAAAAUAGAAAAGGAAACUGUAGAAGAUGUUGCUCCUUUGAAGUCAGACAAUGCCGCUAAGAAAAGGAAACGAGACAGAAGCGGACAAGAAAGAACUGCUGAAAAGGUAACACCAUUGCAUCUAAACAAUGUUCCAGAGCUGUUGCUGCCUCAAAAGGAGUCAAUGAAUUUAGUUGAUAGAGAAAAGGAAAUUGAGGAAGAUAUUGCUCCUGAGAAUCCUGCGAAGAGAAGGAAAAGAAAUAUAUCCAAGAACUCUGGUACAGAAAAUCAGGAACUGUUAAGCAAAAGGCAAAUUGCUGAUCAAAAAGAAGAUGACAUGAGGACUUGUUUACCAGAUGACACUAGCAGACCUGAAAUGUGUGUGGAAACUAUAAGUAAAACUCCCAAGAAGAGGUCUCAAAAUGAGGAAGCUGUUCCAGAAAAGGACUCUCAAGAGGAGAUUCAGAAAUUAGAAGCCCCUGUGACUGUUACUCAGAGUGACAAACCCAAGAAGCAGAGACAAAAAAAGCAACCUGCUCCUACAUUGGAUCCUUCCAGCUUAUCUGUGGAUCACCAUUUAGAUGAAAUAACUAUGGAAAUGGAGGCACCAAAAAAAGCUGAUGCUAUCUUGACAACAUGCAAUGCUAUUACCAAUGAUGAUCUGUUGAAGUCAGUCAACAAUGCUAAGAAAAGUAAAACAAAUGAAAGUGAACAAGAACACAGAACUGCUGCAAAGGUAUCACAGUCGCAUCUAAAUAUUGCUCCAGACUUUUCUCAAAAUGAGUCGGUCAACUUUGCUGAAAGAGAAAAGGAAAUGAAGGAAGUUGUAUCUCCGUCAAAGUCAGAGCACUCUAGGAAAAAAAAGAAAGAAAGGAGAGAUUCCCAACUGAAAAAGAAAGAAAUUAGUGUGUUGACAGAAUCUAGCAAAAUGCAGAAUGAUAUUGACAAACCCGAAGAGAGUAAAGAAACUAUGAGUAAAUCGCUGAAGAAGAGGUCUCUGAAUGAGGAAACUAUAUCUAGCAGGGUCCCUCCUGGUUCUUUAUUGAAAGAGAAACCAGAUGAAGAAACUAGGGAAAGGGCUACCCCCUACACUGUGAUUGAAAGUGACAAACCCCUUACGAGAAGCCAUAGGAAAAAGCUAUCUGUUUCUGGGAAGGACCUUUCCAGCUUGGCUGGGAAGCAGCAGUCAGCUGAAAAAAAGAUGGAAAUGGAUGCACCAAAAAGUGUGGAAGAGGCUGAUGAUGCAAAAAUCCAGAAGAAAGUGAUACAGGCUGAAGUGCAUCAUGAUGAUUCGAGGGAGGUUCCUUCCCUAACAGUUUCCUCUGUAUUAUCAGAAUCAAAGCAUUUGGAAAAGUCAUGGACAAGAAAACAGAAGGCAAAAAAACAUGAUCAACCUUCAGCUGUAGAUACUUCAUUUAAUGGUCAAAACUUAGCUGAAUCGAAGAAGAAUCAAGUACUUGCAAAAACUUCUGAGAUUCAGAAAUUAAGCACUGUGCAAGGCCAAGACAAACCUAUACCUCCGCGGACAGACCUCCCAGUUGCUGCACCUACCAAAACUAACAAAAAAGGUGAUGUUUCCCUUGCAAGUGUGGAUGAUGGAAGCAGAAUCUCUGGCAAAAUAAUAAUGAGAGAAACAGAUGCCCCUAGAAGAGUUGAUCAGGCUGAUGAUCUUUUUACAGAUGCUGAGAGUAAUGGUGCUCAAGAGCACAAAGAAGUGAUAGAAGAUGAUGAGCAUGGUGAAUUCAGUCAGGCUCCUCGCCUAGAAGAUUCCACUGUCUUGGCAGAUGCAGCGCAGCUUGAAAAGCCACAGGCUAGUAAGCAGAAGGUCAAGAAACUUGAUCAACCAUCUUCUAUUGAUACUUCAUCUAAUGGACGUGAUUUGCUUGGCUUAAAAAAGAAUAAGGGAAGUUCAAACACUUCUGAGCUUCUGAAGCCCAUCACUGAUAAAAAACAUGACAAAUUCAGUCUCAAUGUCAAAAAUUCAGAAAUUUUGAAAGAAGUAAAUUCAAUUGUUGCUGAUCCUACCAGCAUCUCAAGGAAUAUUGGUGUUUCUCGUGCAAGUUUAGACGAUGGAAGCAAGUCUUCUGAAGUAUUAAACAUGAGCUUUGGAAAUACAGUAAAGAAGAUUCGUGAGAGAGGAAGGGCUAAGGAGCCACCAAAAAGGCUGGAAGAUAAUUCUGUUGGCAUUAGAAAGUCUUCACUUUUGAGCACAAAACAAACAAAGAAAGGGUUAGCUUCUUCAAAAGCAAUAUUUGAUGAUGGUACUAGUUCAUCUUCUGAUGAUGAAGAUAGAACUAGUUCUAGCGUCACAAUACCACCAGACAAUUUAUCUUCAUCUGAUUAUUCGGAAGGGGAAAGCGAAGGAGUGGUGAUAUCGCAACCUGAUUCUUCCAAUGGUAAUGAAAGAAGCAAAGCAAACUCAUCUGGCUCGAAGCUGGAAUCGAUCCUACGAAGCUCAAGCAGAUACAAGAAGGCCAAGUUGGUGGCUUCCCAAUCACAAAACGAUAGUGAGCUUCCUGAGUUUGUUCCAGAUAGUCUUGCAGAUGUGUAAGUCUCGUAUUAUUUUUUGCCUGGUGAGUUGUUUUAGUCCGGGUUUUUUUUAUAAAUCGUAUAUGAAGGGAAUUGUUAUGUUCCUCUUCCAAUUUUGUCACAAAUUAUAUGUACUCAUGUGUUGGCUUUUGCUCAAGAAAAGAAAAAAAAUCAUCUUGGUUUUU